UCUUAUCGGUGGCGUAGUAUUUAUUACAGAGUCUUUAUUGUGGUGCAGAGUUUCCUCGUUCCGUGUACCUUUCUAACAUUUCUAGUCGUAAAUAGAACAUUGUUCCCAACCACGCGUCUGCCUUGCUUAAAAGUGAUCUUCAGUUUAGCGCUUUCACAAGUAGGUGCACUUGCACUUGUGCGUCUGAUUUCUUACCCUGGAUUGACACUUCAAUCCAAUAUUUAGUUCGAUGUUCACAACUUGUUCGGGUCCCAUGUUCUGCUCUGGAUCAUCGUUGAAGCCAGUCUUUAACUCUGAGCCACUCCAAUAUUUCGUUCGAUGUUCACAAGUUGUUCGGCCCCGUGUUCUGCUCUGGAUCAUCGUUGAAGCCAUUGUUUCACUCUGAUUCUGAUCAUUGUGUUGCACAAGAGAUAAGUGAGACAAAUAUGGAGGGCCUUAUUGCCGAAUUCAAGAGCUGGGCUGUGCAUUCCGUUGCAGCAUUGGUAUUCCUGUACAUCCUACUGCAGGUUUUCAAGAGAGUUAGUCAUAGGUCCUGGAGACGACCUCCUGGACCUCCAUCGUUGCCACUGAUUGGCCAUUUCCAUCACCUUAUGUCUGGGUUGCCUCACCACUCCCUGCUCAAAAUCGCUGAAAAAUAUGGACCCAUUGUGUGGCUGGAUCUGGGGGCUGUGAGUGUUGUGGUUGUAUCUUCGUCAGAUUUAGCCAAGGAGAUUCUGAAAACUCAAGAUCAUAUAUUCGCAUCUCGCCCUGCAAUGAUACUAGGAGAAAUGCUGUUUGGGAAAGGUCAGGGUCUAAUAUUUAGUCCUUGGAACGACAACUAUCGUCUAACCCGGAAAACGCUUACCACACAACUCUUUUCGCAACAGCGGAUGGACACAUAUCAGGAUUUGAGGCGAGAUUUGGCUUUGAAAAUGAUGCAAACAGCAUUCGACGAGGGUCAUGCGAAUCGUGACAUAAGUUUAUCUGAUCUCAUACAUGAACAGUUUAUGUCCUUGACUACCAGAAUGCUUUAUGGAAUGGAUGGACAUGCUCAGAAUAAGCACCUUCUUGAAAUUAUCAGAGAUUUAACAGAAACAGGAUGGUUAGUAUUAGAAGAUUACUUCCCUUUGCUGAAGCCAUUUGAUCUGAGUGGAGAAGUUAAAAGGCUGAAGAAGUUAGGUGAAAAAUAUUCCGAACUUAUGGAUUCCAUCAUCGACCAGCGCCUGAAGGAAAUUUCCAACUCGAAGUCAAAUAAAGAAGAGAACCUCUUGGACGUGCUGCUGGCUAUGAGCAGUUUUACACGUUCUCAAGUCAAAGUCAUUCUUCUGGACAUUAUCUUUGGUGGAAGUGAUACUAGCUCUGAUACGAUUGUUUGGGCUAUGACUGAACUUCUGCGACAUCCGAACAUUAUGGAAAGACUUCAGAAUGAGCUCGACGAUGUGAUCGGGAAGGAAAGGCUGGUUGAAGAAGCAGACCUUAAAAAACUCGAGUAUCUGCAGGCAGUGGUGAAGGAAACACUUCGGCUGCACCCAGUCGGUGUUUUGGGUUCUCCUCACUUGGCUAUGGAGUCAACAAAAGUGGCAGGCUACGAUAUCCCCGCCGGCACCCGGGUCACGGUGAACAUUUAUGCCAUUGGUAGAGAUCCUAAUGUUUGGGAAAACCCCUUGAACUUUGAUCCUUCGAGAUUCUUAAACAGCCCAAUAGAUGUGAAAGGGCAGCACUAUGAGGUUCUGCCCUUCAGUUCCGGGCGAAGGAAGUGUGUGGGCAUGAAUUUAGCGCUCGUGUCUGUGGCAUAUAACGUCGCCCUGCUGGUUCAUGCUUGUUCGAUCUCCCUGCCUGAGGGCUUGACCGCCCUGGACCUGGAUCUUGAAGAGAAGUUCGGAAUAACCGUAUCGAAGCGGAAUCCGCUGCCUCUACUAAUAAAGAGGCGGCUGUCUUCGGACGUCUACCGGAAGGCAGGAUUGAGUGUUUCUGCGCAGUGAACAAUGAACUGCAGCUCAUGUAGAUACUUCAGCGGAAAUUACAACCGAUCUUUGUGUAUCUUCUUUAUCAAUAAAACAAUCAUCAUUUGG